GCUCGCUGGCAGGGAGGGGCGCGGGGCGGCUCGAGGGCCUGUGUCGGGGGUCAGGCUCCGGGGCUAGGAUGCGACACCGGCUCGCCGUGCGGGGCUGUGAGGGGAGGUGUGGCCAGGGAGGGCCUCAGGCCCAGAGUCCAGGACUGAUGGAGUCGCGCCAUUCAGAGAAAGACCCAAAGAUGGGGGCAGGGAGGGAACGCCGGAGGUCGCGGGGGUCUCGCCCCUUCCCCGCCACGGCCUAGGACACAUGGCCCAGCUCCCAGCUGCACCGGAUGGCGCGUCCGGCCCGUGUCGGGGUGCGCUGACCUGCUUCGACGCAGCGAAAAGAGGCCGACGGGCACAGGGCAAGGUCUUUCGUGGCCUCUUCGUCGGCGCCGCAGGGGGCCGGGCUGCUCUCCGGGGCCUCCCGCCGCCCCGCUUCAACAAAAGACUCGUUAUAGCCUAACCGACUUCAGGGAGCGCCUUCUGUGUGAAUAGCCUGCAUACGCGGCUCAGUAGUUGUGCGUAGAUUGGUUUUAAGGCUGUUUGUGUAGCUCUCAGGGACCCUCUGGAUUCCAGGCUCCAAUGAGCAGGGUUUUUCUACAGGGGGAUAUUGCACAUAUGCUGGAAUGUAAUGGCGCUAUCUCGGCUUACUGCAACCUCUGCCUCCCGGGUUCAAGCUAUUCUCCUGCCUCAGCCUCUUGAUGCCCGGCGAAUUUUUUUUGUAUUUUUAGUAGUGACGGGGUUUCACCAUGUUGGCCAGGCUGGUCUGGAACUCCUGACCUCAAGUGAUCCACCUGUAUCGGCCUUCCGAAGUGCUGGGGUGGUGUGAGCCACCGCGCCCUGCCAGAUCUUUCUUGUUUGACUUUCAUUGCUAAGAAUUUGGAAUCAUAUUCUAAGAACUCAGCCACUCAGGUAUCCACCAUGGUGCUGGGUCCUGAACAGAAGAUGUCAGAUGACAGUGUUUCUGGAGAUCAUGGGGAGUCUGCCAGUCUUGGUAACAUCAACCCUGCCUAUAGUAAUCCCUCUCUUCCACAGUCCCCUGGGGACUCAGAGGAGUACUUCGCCACUUACUUUAAUGAGAAGAUCUCCAUUCCUGAGGAGGAGUACUCUUGUUUUAGCUUUCGUAAACUCUGGGCUUUCACCGGACCAGGUUUUCUUAUGAGCAUUGCCUACCUGGAUCCAGGAAAUAUUGAAUCCGAUUUGCAGUCUGGAGCAGUGGCUGGAUUUAAGUUGCUCUGGAUCCUUCUGUUGGCCACCCUUGUGGGGCUGCUGCUCCAGCGGCUUGCAGCUAGACUGGGAGUGGUCACUGGGCUGCAUCUUGCUGAAGUAUGUCACCGUCAGUAUCCCAAGGUCCCACGAGUCAUCCUGUGGCUGAUGGUGGAGUUGGCUAUCAUCGGCUCAGACAUGCAAGAAGUCAUUGGCUCAGCCAUUGCCAUCAAUCUUCUGUCUGUAGGAAGAAUUCCUCUGUGGGGUGGCGUUCUCAUCACCAUUGCAGAUACUUUUGUGUUUCUCUUCUUGGACAAAUAUGGCUUGCGGAAGCUAGAAGCAUUUUUUGGCUUUCUCAUCACUAUUAUGGCCCUCACAUUUGGAUAUGAGUAUGUUACAGUGAAACCCAGCCAGAGCCAGGUACUCAAGGGCAUGUUCGUACCAUCCUGUUCAGGCUGUCGCACUCCACAGAUUGAACAGGCUGUGGGCAUCGUGGGAGCUGUCAUCAUGCCACACAACAUGUACCUGCAUUCUGCCUUAGUCAAGUCUAGACAGAUAAACCGGAACAAUAAGCAGGAAGUUCGAGAAGCCAAUAAGUACUUUUUCAUUGAAUCCUGCAUUGCACUCUUUGUUUCCUUCAUCAUCAAUGUCUUUGUUGUCUCAGUCUUUGCUGAAGCAUUUUUUGGGAAAACCAACGAGCAGGUGGUUGAAGUCUGUACAAAUACCAGCAGUCCUCAUGCUGGCCUCUUUCCUAAAGAUAACUCGACACUGGCUGUGGACAUCUACAAAGGGGGUGUUGUGCUGGGAUGUUACUUUGGGCCUGCUGCACUCUACAUUUGGGCAGUGGGGAUCCUGGCUGCAGGACAGAGCUCCACCAUGACAGGAACCUAUUCUGGCCAGUUUGUCAUGGAGGGAUUCCUGAACCUAAAGUGGUCACGCUUUGCCCGAGUGGUUCUGACUCGCUCUAUUGCCAUCAUCCCCACUCUGCUUGUUGCUGUCUUCCAAGAUGUAGAGCAUCUAACAGGGAUGAAUGACUUUCUGAAUGUUCUACAGAGCUUACAGCUUCCCUUUGCUCUCAUACCCAUCCUCACAUUUACGAGCUUGCGGCCAGUAAUGAGUGACUUUGCCAAUGGACUAGGCUGGCGGAUUGCAGGAGGAAUCUUGGUCCUUAUCAUCUGUUCCAUCAAUAUGUACUUUGUAGUGGUUUAUGUCCGGGACCUAGGGCAUGUGGCAUUAUAUGUGGUGGCUGCUGUGGUCAGCGUGGCUUAUCUGGGCUUUGUGUUCUACUUGGGUUGGCAAUGUUUGAUUGCACUGGGCAUGUCCUUCCUGGACUGUGGGCAUACGUGCCAUCUGGGAUUGACAGCUCAGCCUGAACUCUAUCUUCUGAACACCAUGGACGCUGACUCACUUGUGUCUAGAUGACUGACAGCCUGAGAGACUCUAUAAGAACAUGUUUUUCUAAGCCCUUUUUGUGCCAGGUGUCCUGUUAACAUCUCUGUUAGUUCAGAGGUGAGUUUUGUUCAGACGUUUUGAACAAAAGGCAAAGAUUUCCUCAUGGGAAGGGUGUUCAAAACUGACAGCUAUAAAUGUAGGUCAGAGACCCACCCACCUCAUAACAGUCAUACACUCCCAGAGUUAAACGAUUGGCCUCUGAUGGCCACACACCCCUAUGGGCUUGUGUCUUGGACUCUGGGAUUUAAAAGAUAUAUAUGUAUCUAUAUUUAUGUAAACCUGAGCAUCUCAGUUUGGGUAGAGUUUUAAGGUCAUAUGAAACUGAUAGAACUUUUGUAUUUUUUUUUUAAAUAUUGUUUUGAUAUAUCAGAUAUUUGUUUUGUCUGGAUCACAAGUGAGAAAGAAAAGAGAAUAAUGCUCUUUUUCACAAUGAACUGGUCAAAUUGACUAUCUUGUAAAGUGAUACUUUACUAUGUCAGUGAAAUUUCACUUUGAUUUUAGUCAACCAGAUUAUAUCCUUUGUAUCUACUGAUAUUAACACAUCAUAUUAACACAUCAUUUCUUAAAAAAACAUUUCUUCUGUUUGGCAAUCAUAAUUAACUCUGGUUAUCAGCCUAUUUUGUAAUUAUUGUCUUUGUCAUCACUUUUCUUGAAUUGUUUUCUAGUCAUUAAACAGAUAUGAAGGCAUUUACCAAAGAGCUUUAAUACCCAGUAACAAGAUCCAGAAACCACACUUUAACCAGUGAUCAGUUUUCCGUGCUGCAUUGUAACUCAGCUCAUUCUGGCAUUCAAGUUUUAGGCAAAAAAAAGAGGAAACUUCUAACAUUUAGCUUGUAAGUCCUGACAUAAGAUAGUGAAGAUAUUUAUCUUCUUUCUAAUAUUUGUAUAGUCCGCCAAUGUAUUUUCUUCCCACUAUUCCCAUUAACAUACCAAACACUGUUUCUAGGUCCAAAGUCUAUUUCUAGGAGUGGCCAAUAUUUGUAUUGUUGAAUCUCCUAGGGAAUGCUAAAUGUUUCACUUUAAAAUACCUAUUUAUACCAAGUAGCAUGAGAUUAGUACUAGAGUGAGAUUUGGAAGAUUAGUCCACAUAUCACAAACUGCUUGCCUACAUGUAUAGAUUUUUUUUUUCACCCACCUUCCUAACCAGGAAUUUGUUUCCUUAAAUUUUUUUGUUUUUGUUGUUGUUGUUUGUUGUUAUUUUUUUGAGAAGAGUCUUGCCCUGUCGCCAAGGCGGGAAUGCAUUGACGUGAUCUCAGCUCACUGUAACCUCUACCUCCCGGGUUUAAUCGAUUCUCCUCCUUCAGCCUCCUGAAUAGCUGGGAUUACAAGCACCACAUUUUUAGUGGAGAUGGGGUUUCACCAUGUUGGCCAGGCUGGUCUCAAACUCUUGACCUCAAGUGAUCUGCCUGCCUCAGUCUCCCAAAGUGCUGGGAUUACAGGUGUGAGCCACUGCACCCAGCCUUUUUUUGUUGUUAAGACAGGGUCUUGCUCUGUUGCCCAGGCUGGAGUGCAGUAGUGUGAUCUCAGCUCGCUGCAACUUCUGCCACCUGGGCUUAAGCCAUCCUCCCACUUUAGCAUCCGAAAUAGCUGGGACUGCAGGCACACACCACCACACCCAGCUAAUUUUUGUAUUUUUUGUAGAGACGGGAUUUCACCAUGUUGCCCAGGCUGGUCUUGAACUCGUGAGCUCAAGUAAUCUGCCGGCCUUGGCCUCCCAAAGUGCUGAGAUUAUAGGCGUGAGCCACUGCAUCCAGCUCACUCCUCGUUUCUUUCUAGCCCCAAAGGUGUUGAGUCAGCAAAUCCUGCAGCCUUUGUGUGACUUUGAGCAUCACUUUCCCCUUUCAGCAUUAAAUAUAUGACCUCUCUGCCUUAUUUUAGAACUUACUACAUUUCAAUAAAACUUUUUAAAAAAUCCA